GUUUCGUUUACAUCACAGAGGUCUGUGGGACACUUUGAGAAUACAAUCCGCGAAAUGCUCAGCACACACGUUACCUAUGAAUGAAGAGAGUAGUAAACGGGAAUUCCUGCACUCGGUUCUUGAGAAAACAGGCGUUGCUACAACUGAAAAGGGGUGCGUGGCGUCCGUGGCACCAAAGGAAAGCCAACGACCACAGGCUGCGUUUACACACCUCGUAUAAAUACAGAGCGCGCCGCUGACACCCGCGCACUCGGGCGGGAUUAAAGUCCCUGCGAUUCGGGGCGUCCUGGAGAUUUUUGUGGGAUUAUAUUGUUGAACAGACAUGGCUGAGACGCUAAGGAGGCUGGUGAAUACUUCAUCCUUCAGCGUUCUGCAGGAUAAACUGGAAUCCUGGUACAAGGACUACCAUGUGAUCUCUUGUGACCAGAACCUGAACCGUUGCUGUGAGCUGGUGGAGCUCACCUCCAAGGUGCAGGGCCAACUCUUCACCAUCCUCAAUCUCACUGCCAAAGAGGGUGGUCACUACGCUGGUGUGGAAACCCUCAAGUCUCGCCUGCUGCCCUGGCUUGGUACCUGCUUCACCAUGGCAACCUCCACCGUUACCCCCGAUACCAGCCUCAACCUCAUUCAGGAGAGUGUGGAGAAAGGGAAGAGGAUUCGAGAGCUCUCUCUUUCACACGAGUGCGACAUGCAGAAGAUGGAGACCCAUCUAAGCUCAACCCGACAGCAACUGGACUCUGUCAAACAGGAGUUGGCUGAUGCGCAGCUGGAGCUGGAUGACACCAAAAACAAGUCUGCCACAACCCUGCUGGCCACAGAAGAUGAGAUUCUGCAGCUGAGGGCAGAGCUGCAGGCAGCCUGUGAUGAGGCUGAGCUGUAUAAGCGCAGGCUGGAGGUGCAGGAGGACUAUGAGAGGCAGGUGCGUGUGCUGAGGGAGGAGGUGUCCUACCUGACCGCUGAGAAAGCUCUGCUACAGGACAGGUUGGUGAGGAGCCGCUCUCCCAGCCCCCUGCUGCGUCUGAGUCGUUCCUCCAGCCCGCUGAGAGCUGAUUCGCCGACGCGGGCCCAGCUGACCAGCUCCUCGCGGCAUGCGCGGCUGGUGUCGCGCUUCAGCGACCUGUACGCUCUGGAGCGGCUGGAGGCCGAGGCGCUGCUCCGCCGCUACGUCAGCGACGCCGAGACCGUGCAGAGGAUCAUCUUCAUCGCCACCGUGGAGUCCUUUCAGGCUGCUAAGCUGGCGUACCGGCAGUUUAAGCUGCGAGUGAGGAAGAGUCUGUCGCCGUCUCACAUGGGCCCGGAGACGCUGGAGGACGCCGUGGUCGAUUACAUCGUCCGCAACCUGGACCUGUAUGACGUGCAGGCCAGCGUCACCGAGGUGAUCAGCGCGAUGCAUGUGAACCCCAAGAUUGCCUUCCCACCGGAGGUGGACUUUGUGCUGCUGAGCAGCUUCAUCAGGGAGGUGUGCCAGGUGGCCUUCGCCAUGCAGACCCUGGACCCCCCCCUCGAGGUGGCCUUCAGCAGCGACGGAGAACUGUACAACGAGAACAAGUACCGGCGCAGCUAUGACUCGGAGUUCACCGCACCCAUGGUGGUGUACCACGUGUGGCCUGCGCUGAUGGAGGACGACACCGUCCUGGUGAAGGGCGAGGCUGUGACCCGGAGGGGCGCUCUGUGGCGGAGCAGGAGUCGGAGUGCCAGUCCGGUGCGUUCCCGUUCCGGAAGCCCCGCUCGGAAUCUAGUCUCCAGUCGUAGUCGCAGUCCUUCCCCAGGGCGCCUCUCCGCCAGCCGCCUGUAAACCCUGACCUUUAACCCCUGACCCCUGACCCCAGAUCAAUCGUCACUCUGGCCCUCAGAUGGGAGGACAGCAGAUGUGAUUCAGUGACUGUACAACAAAUUGAUUUAAACAAAAACCCAUUGAUGAAAUAAUACGCUGACUAUGAACCCCAUUAAUGAAAUAACAUGCUGGCUAUGAACAUCAUUAAUAAAAUAACACGCUGGCUAUGAACCCCAUUAAUGAAAUAACACGCUGGCUAUGAACCCCAUUAAUGAAAUAACACGCUGGCUAUGAACUUUAAAAGGUGCUGUGAUUAUUUUGUAGUUUGUUUGGGUGGUCAUCUUUUAAUUAAUGUUGUUUCCUAGCGAUGCAUAUUAUUAUUUAUAGUUAUGUAAGGGGGGGCUCUUUCUGUGGACUGGCACCCCCGCCCCCCCUCACCCAACUUCAAACCUCCCAAACCAUGGCUCAAAUGCCACCCUAACCCCCCAAACCAAACCCCCCAUUUCUGUAGCGAUUAGUGUGCCCCAAGUAGUGUGUUCACAGCGGAGUGUAAUAAUCUGAGCACAGUGUAGGCUGAUCAGAGCAGUUUAGUGUGUUCAGUGCAGUGCGUAGUGUGUUCAGUGCAGUGCGUAGUGUGUUCAGUGCAGUGCGUAGUGUGUUCAG